AAAUUUCAACAAGGAAUAAGUUGAUUGAAAGAAACAAGAGAGAAGGCCAGCAUGACAAGCACGAUGAACCAUCAAAAGCUUGAUCAUGAUCAUAUGGUACUCAUCUCCCAACUAUUUCCGGGUGUUUACACACCAAUGAUUCCACAACAAGGUCAGUUUACCGGUGAAGGGAAGCCAAGGCGGCGGAGGAAGAAGAAGAACAGAGGAGGAGAGAAUGGGAGUACUGAGGCAAAGAAGAGGAAGCUUAGUGCGGAGCAAGUUGAUCAACUUGAACAGAACUUUGGGAAUGAACACAAGUUGGAGUCUGAGAGAAAGGACAAGCUUGCUUUGGAGCUCGGGCUCGACCCUCGCCAGGUCGCGGUCUGGUUCCAGAACCGACGCGCCCGGUGGAAGAACAAGAAGCUUGAGGAGGAGUACGGCAAGUUGAAGGCUGCACAUGAUGGUGUGGUGGUCGAGAAAUGUCGCCUUGAAUCUGAGGUAUUGAAACUGAAAGAACAACUCUCUGAAGCAGAGAGGACGAUCCAGCGCCUCUCAGAACGCGCCGAAGGGGUUUCCAGCAGUCAUAGUCCAAGUUCAUCACUGACAAUGGAAGCCAUGGAUCCAUUAUUUCUUGGACAGUUUGGAUUAGUUGAAGCAGGCGAUGAUGUCUUCUAUUUACCAGAAAACAAUUACAUUCCAGGAAUGGAAUGGAUGAUAUGUAACUAUUUUUAAUGCGCGUUUUUUAAGGAUUGUGGAUAUGGACAAAUCUAAUUUAUGUAAAUUAAAUCUAGUGUUCUUCUAUGUGUUUGAGUUUGACUGACAAGGUCAAAUGUCAUUAGUUAGUUAAAUAACUUCCUCUUUGACUGUAAAGUAUGUUUACAUAUGUUGUCACCCUAUGCACGUAAUGAUAUCCAAAUACACAUCUA